GCAGUUUGAAUUGGAUUUGGAGCUGAAGCCCGCGGAGGCUGCGCCGGCGUCCGACCCCGGAGGGCUCGGCUUUCCCUCCCGGCUCGGCAGUUGAUUUAUAAAUGUGUGAAUAGUAAAGAAAGAGAGCAAGAUGAGCUGGGCUUUGGAAGAAUGGAAAGAGGGCCUGCCUACGAGAGCUCUUCAGAAAAUUCAGGAGCUGGAAGGCCAGCUGGACAAACUGAAGAAAGAAAGGCAACAAAGGCAGUUCCAGCUGGAAACUCUGGAGGCUGCCCUGCAGAAGCAGAAACAGAAGGUUGAGAAUGAGAAAACGGAGGGUGCAAACCUAAAAAGGGAGAACCAAAGCUUGAUGGAAAUAUGUGAGAAUCUGGAGAAGACCAAGCAGAAAAUGUCCCAUGAACUUCAAGUCAAGGAGUCACAGGUGAAUUUCCAAGAAGGGCAACUGAACUCCAGCAAAAAACAAAUAGAAAAACUGGAACAGGAACUGAAAAGGUGUAAAUCUGAACUUGAAAGAAGCCAACAAACCGCACAGGCUGCAGAUGUCUCUCUGCAUUCAUGCACGACACCACAAAAAAUUUUUGCAACUCCACUAACACCAAGUCAAUAUUAUAGUGGUUCCAAGUAUGAAGAUUUAAAAGAAAAAUAUAAUAAAGAAGUUGAAGAACGAAAAAGAUUAGAGGCAGAGGUUAAAGCUUUGCAGGCUACUACAAAAGUGAGUCAGGCUAUUCCCCAAAGCACAAUGAAUCACCGGGACAUUGCACGGCAUCAGGCCUCUUCAUCUGUGUUCUCAUGGCAACAAGAAAAGACCCCAAGUCGGCUUUCAUCGAGUGCACUAAAAACUCCCAUGAGAAGAGAUUUGUCUGCAGCUCAUUUAUCUGGGGAACAAGAGGCGACUCCAAGUAGAUCAACUUUGCAAAGAGGGAAAAGAGAUGCUAAUGGCAGUUUCUGUGAUAAUUCGAGCAAUUCUCAUCUUUUGGAACAAUUAAAAGCCCAGAAUCAAGAGCUAAGGAACAAGAUAAGUGAUUUGGAACUACAUCUGCAAGGACAAGAAAAAGAAAUGAAAGGCCAAGUGAAUAAAUGUCACGAACUCCAACUCCACCUGGAGAAAGCCAAAGCGGAAUUAACUGAAAAAGAGAAAAUUUUGAAUAAAAGUAGGGAUGAACUCAUGAGAACAACAGCACAGUAUGACCAGGCAUCAUCCAAGUGUACUGCGUUGGAACAAAAACUGAAAAGAUUGUCUGAAGAUUUGAGUUGUCAGCGACAAAAUGCAGAAAGUGCCAAAUGUUCUCUGGAACAGAAAAUCAAGGAGAAAGAAAAGGAAUUUCAAGAGGAGCUCUCUCGUCAACAGCGUGCCUUCCAAGCCCUGGACCAGGAGAGCACACAGAUGAAAGGCAGACUCACGCAGGAGUUACAGCAAGCCAAGAACACUCACAAUAUCCUGCAGGCUGACCUGGAUAAAGUCACAUCAGGAAAGUACCAGCUAGAAAAAACAUUGGAAGAGUUUAAGCAAAAGUUCUGCAGAGCUGAACAGGCAUUACAGGCCAGUCAGGUCAAGGAAAGCGAGCUGAGGAAAAGCAAUGAAGAAGCGAAGAAGGAAUACAGCCUACUUAAGAGUCAGUCUGAGCAACAGGCCAGAGAGGUCUGCCACCUGGAGGAAGAACUGAGGAAGGCCAAACAGAGUUUGAGUCAGAGCCAGAAUUUUGCAGAAGAAAUGAGGGCUAAGAACGCCUCUCAGGAAACCAUGUUAAGAGAUCUUCAAGACAAAAUUAAUCAGCAAGAGAAUUCCUUGACUUUAGAAAAGCUAAAGUUUGCCUUGGCUGACCUGGAAAAGCAGCGAGAUUGCUCUCAAGACCUUUUGAAGAAAAGGGAGCAUCACAUUGAACAACUGAAUGAUAAGUUAAGCAAACUAGAGAAAGAAUCCGAAGCUUUACUGAUUGCUUUGGAGUUAAAAAAGAAAGAAUAUGAAGAAUUGAAAGAAGAGAAAACUCUCUUUGCUCAUUGGAAAAGUGAAAACGAACAACUUCUACGUCAGCUAGAAUCAGAAAAGGGGAGUUUGCAGAGUAAAGUCAAUCACUUGGAAACUUGCCUCAAGACACAACAAAUAAAAAGUCACGAAUACAAUGAGAAAGUAAGAACCCUGGAGAUAGAAAGUGAAAAUCUGAAUGUUGAGAUCAGAAACCUUCACAAUGUGAUAGACAGCAAGACUGUGGAGGUAGAGACACAGAAGCAAGCUUACGUAGAUCUACAACAGAAAGCCGAGUUCUCCGAUCAGAAACAUAAGAAGGAGAUGGAGAAUAUGUGCUUGAAGAUUUCUGAGCUUACUGGGCAAGUCGAAGAUCUAGAACACAAGCUUCAGUUACUGUCAAGUGAAGUAAUUGACAAAGACCAUCGUUACCAAGACUUACAAGCUGAGUAUGAGAGUCUCCAGGAUCUGCUAAAACCCAAAGAUUCUUCUCUCGUGACAAAUGAGGCUCAUCGCAGAAGUCUCUUGGCUUUUGAACAGCCAUCUGCAAUGAAUAAUUCCUUUGCAAAUAUAAUUGGAGAACAAGGAAGCAUGCCUUCAGAAAGGAGCAAAUGCCAUCUAGAAGCAGACCAAAGUCCAAGAAGUUCAGCCGUCUUACAAAAUCGAGUCACAUCUCUUGAAUUUUCAUUAGAGUCUCAAAAGCAGAUGAACUCUGAUCUGCAAAAGCAGUGUCAAGAGUUGGUGCAAAUUAGAGGAGAAAUAGAAGAAAAUCUCAUUAAGGCAGAGCAGAUGCAUCAAAGCUUUGUGGCCGAAACAAGUCAACGCAUUAGUAAGCUACAAGAAGACUCUUCCAUUCAUCAGAAUGCUUUUGCUGAAACUUUAGUUGCCCUGAAGAACAAGGAAAGAGAGUUCCAGCUUUUGAAUGAAAAAUUAGAAACUGAGCAAGCAGAGAUUCAGGAAUUAAAAAAGAGUAACCAUUUACUUCAAGAAUCUCUAAAGGAGCUACAACUUUUGUCUGAAACCCUGAGCUCAGAGAAAAAGGAAAUGAGUUCAACUAUUUCUUUAAAUAGGAAGGAAAUUGAAGAUCUGGCCCAAGAGAAUGAGACCCUCAAGGAAAUUAAUGCAACCUUAAAUCAAGAGAAGAUUACCUUACUCCAAAAAAGUGAGAGUUUUUCAAACUGUAUAGAUGAAAGAGACAAAAGCAUUUUAGAGUUAUCCAAUCAGUAUAAGCAAGAAAAACUUAUUUCACAACAAAGAUGUGAAGAAACAGGACGUGCAUUUGAGGAUCUUAGUGAAAAGUAUAAAGCAGCUCAAGAAAAGAACUCUGAGUUAGAAUGCUUGUUAAAUGAAUGCACUAGGGCUUGUGAAAAUAGGCAAAAGGAACUGGAACAUUUAAAGGAAACAUUUGCAAGGGAGCACCAAGCACUUGUAACAAAAUUAGCAUUAGCUGAGGAAACAAACCAGAAUCUAGUUCUAGAAUUGGGGGCAAUGCAGCAAGAUCUGAGAUCGGAGAUGGCAGAUAUCCAUAACAAUUCCAAGAGUGAGGUGGAUGGUCUAAAACAAAUCAUGACCUUAAAGGAAGAACAAAGUAAUAUACAAAAAGAACUUAAUUCCUUAAUACAAGAGAAGGAGCACCUGAUGAUGUUAAUGGAGACGAAACAAGAGCAUCAAAUUCUAGAAUCAGAAUCAGUUAGUGACUCUGUGAAAGGGGAGAGUGAGAUAAAUAAAUGUCAUGUUCAACUUCCGAUGGAUUUAGAAACUGGAAAUUUGCAACAAGACGCUCAGUCGCAAGAACUUAGUAGCCCUAAAGAUUGUGACGUAAGUACAGAAGAAAAAUAUAUUUCAGUGCUCCAUGAGUUGUCAACAAGUCAAAAUGACAAUGCACAUCUGCAGUGCUCUCUACAGGCAGCAAUGAGCAAGCUGAGUGAGCUAGAGAAGAUGUGUGAGAUGCUGCAGGUCGAAAAGCUUGAGCUAAUGUCGGAGCUGAAUGAUUCAAGAUCAGAAUGUAUCACGGCAACUAGUAAAAUGACAGAGGUGAUGGAGAAACUAGUAAAUGAAGUUAAAAUACUAAAUGAUGAAAGUGGCCUUCUCCAAGGUGAGUUAGAGAAAGAAAUGGCAGAAGGUGAAUCUGACGAACAACAGAAUGAGCAGAAAGGUGCGUCCUUAAAUCCUUUGGAUGACCGUAAUUGCUAUGAGCACUUGACAUUGUCAAACAAAGAAGUCCAAAUGCACUUUGCUGAAUUACAGGAGAAAUUCUUGUCUUUACAAAGUGAACACAAAAUUUUACAUGAUCAGCAUUGUCAAGUGAGCUCUAAGAUGUCAGAGCUACAGUCUUACGUGGAUGCAUUAAAGGCUGAAAAUUCCAUGUUGUCAACAAGUCUGAGAAACUUCCAAGGUGACUUGGUAAAGGAGGAGAUGCCAGAACCUCAGGCAGGGCAUUUUCUGUCCUUGUCAUUCUCUUGUGUGACUGACAGCCCUAGUCUUACAAGUUUGGGAGAAUCUUCUUUUUGCAAAGACCUCUUGGACCAGACGGGGGAAACCUCGCUUUUGAAUAAUUUAGAUGGGACUAUUGCAGCAAACCAGUCUAAUAUAGAAGAAGGGUCUUGCUGUAGUCCGGAGGAAGAGAGUCUGACCAAGAGAGAAAUUCUAUCUGCGCCAGGGAGGAGCGUGGAAGACCUUGAGACCCAAUGUCAGAUGUACCUGCAAUCCCUCAAAAAACUAGAAGACAAAAUCGAAAGUCAGGAGAUUCUGAAAAAUAAGGAGAUUAAAGAGCUCGAACAGUUAUUAAGUUCUGAAAGGGAAGAGCUCGACUCUCUCCGAAAGCAGUAUUUGUCAGAAAAUGAACGGUGGCAACAGAAGCUGACAAGUGUGACCAUGGAGAUGGAGUCCAAGCUGGCAGCAGAAAAGAAACAGACUGAACACCUGUCAUUUGAGCUCGAAGUAGCACGCCUCCAGCUACAAGGUCUGGACUUAAGUUCUCGGUCUUUGCUUGGCACUGACCUAGAAGAUGCUCUUCAGGGUGGAAACACUAGCUGUGAUGUAAAAGAAUCAGAAGAAUAUACUUUGGAAACUAAUGAGAGAACACCAAAGCGUGACAUUCAUCAGAUCUGUGAAGAAGGUGUUCAGCAGGACCUCAAUCUAGAGAUGGAAAAAAUAACCAAGACCAGUCCAGUCAGAUUCACAGGAGAAUGGUCUAGCAAAAAGUCUCCAGAAACCAGUUACGAGACCCUAGCGCAAGACAAAACACAGGGCUGUUUAGACAUUUCUGAAUUGUCACUUUCUGGUCCUAAUGCUCUAGUACCUAUUGAUUUUCUGGAGACUCAAGUCACCAUUGAGAAUCUUCAAUUGCAGGUGAAAGAGUCAUCAAAUGAGAAUUUGAGGUUACUCCAUGUCAUAGAGGAACGUGACAAAAAAAUUGAAAGUUUACUAGAUGAAAUAAGAGAGUUGGACUCAAAACUGGGUUUACAGGAAGCACAAAUAACCACCAAAAUGGAAGCAUGUGUAGAAUUAGAAAAAAUAGUUGAGGAACUCAAGAAAGAAAAAUCAAAUUUAAGUGAAAGAUUGGAAUCCUCUUCUUGUGACAACCAGGAGUUACACCAGAGAACAGAAAGUUUGGAGGGCCUCAAUUCUCAUUUAGAAAUAGGUGCAGAUAAAUUGUCACAUGCAGUUAUUGAAGAUAAUGUGGCCAACGUGAAUGACAACUGGAGAGAGCGGUUUCUUGAUGUGGAAAAUGAGCUAAAGAGGAUCAAAUCUGAGAAAGGUAGCAUCGAGCAUCAUGCCCUCUCUGUGGAAGCGGAGUUAGAGACAGUUCAGACCGAGAAGCUGUACUUAGUGAAAGAUAAUGAAAAUAAGCAGAAAGCUAUAACUUGCCUUGAAGAAGAGCUCUCUGUGGUCACCAGUGAGAGAAACCAGCUUCAUGGACAAUUAGAUACUUUGUCAAAAGAAAAGAAAGAACUGGAUCUGAUGUCUGAAAAGAUGAAGCAGAAAAUACAAGAGCUCGAAUCUCGUGAAGAUGAAUGUCUACAUCCCAGUGACAUGGCUGGAGCUGAGGUAAAGGACAAAAUGCAGCUCGUUCAGAGAUUGUCCUCUGAUGUAACCCAGCUCUUGGAAGAUAACACACGGCUCCAGGAGCAGCUACAGAGUUUGGAAAAGGACUCACAGGCCCUGUCUUUGGUAAAAAGUGAGUUGGAGAUCCAAAUUGAACAGUUGAAUAAAGAGAAAGAAUCACUUUCAAGGGAAUCUGAAAGCCUACAGGCCAGACUGCAUGAGUCAGAACACGAGAAGCUGACCGUCACCAAGGCUUUGGAGGGCGCGCUGAUGGAGAAGGGUGAGGUGGCAGUGAGGCUGAGCUCCACUCAGGAGGAAGUGCAUCAGCUAAGAAAAGGCAUUGAGAAGCUGAGGAUCCGCAUUGAGGCUGAUGAAAAGAAGCAGCUCCACGUUUUAGAGAAACUGAGGGAGAGCGAGCGAAAGGCGGAUGCGCUUCAGGAUAAAAUUGAGAACCUUGAACGAGAACUGCAGAUGUCAGAGGAGAACCAAGAGCUGGUGAUUCUUGAUGCUGAGAAUUCCAAAGCAGAGGUGGAGACCCUAAAAACACAAAUGGAAUUGACUACCAAAAGCCUGAAAGAUUUAGAAUCCGACCUUGUCACGGUAAGGUUCGAAAAAGAAAAUCUGAUAAAACAGCUACAAGACAAACAAGGUCAAGUGUCUGAAUUAGAUACAUUGCUCUCUUCAUUCAAAGGUCAGUUAGAAGAAAAGGAGAGAGAAAAAAUAGAGAUGAAAGAAGAAUCUAGAGCUGCCUUGGAGAUGCUCCAAACACAGUUGAAAGAGUUAAAUGAGGAAAUAGCAGCAUUGUGUCAUGACCAAGAAAUCCAGAAGGUCAAGGAACAGAGUCUGGACCCCUUGGUGCAGGAAAUACAUCAGCUGAGAAACAACACUGAAAAGCUGAAAGCCCGCCUAGAAGCUGAUGAAAAGGAGCAGCUCCGGGUCUUAGGAAAACUGAAGGAAACUGAACAUCAGGCCAACUUGCUUAAGGAUAGAGUGGAGAGCCUUGAAAGAGAACUAGAGAUAUCAGGGAAAAACCAAGAGUGCGUGGUUCUUGAGGCCGAGAAUUCCAAAGCAGAAGUAGGGACUCUAAAAGUAAAAAUAGAAGAGAUGGCCCAAAAUCUUAGAGAUUUGGAAUUAGAUCUUGUCCACGUAAGGUCAGAAAAAGAGAAUGUGAUAAAAGAAUUACAAAAAGAGCAAGAACGGGUAUCUGAGUUAGAAAUGUUAAAUUCUUCCUUUGAAAAUCUCUUGCAAGAAAAAGAGCAAGAAAAAGUACAGAUGAGUGAAGAAUCUAAAACUGCAGUGGGGAUGCUUCAGACACAAUUAAAGGAGCUAAAUGAGGAAAUGGCAGCCUUGUGUCAUGACCAAGACACCUGGAAGGCCCAGGAACAGAAUCUGCGUAGUCAGGUGGAUGCUCUUGAACACGAGAAGGCUCAGUUGCUACAAGGCCUUGAUGAGGCCAAGAAUAAUUACAUUAACGUGCAGUCUUCCGCAAACAGCCUCCAUCAACAAGUAGAAGAUGACAAACAGAAGCUAAAGAAGAAGGAUGAAGAAAUCAGCAUGCUGAGGAGUCAAAUUCACGACCGAGAGCAGCUUGCCUCCAAACUGUCCCAGGUGGAAGGAGAGCAGCAACUUUGGAAGAAGCAAAAAGUAGAACUGGAAAAUCAGAUGGUGGAAUUGGAGCAGAAGAUCCAAGUGCUGCAAUCCAAAAAUGACACGUUGCAGGCCACCUUGGAAGCACUGCAGAAAUCCCACAAGGACCUGGAGAAAGAGCUCGAAUUGACAAAAAUGGAAAACGUAUCCUUCAUUGAAAAAGUAAACACGAUGACCGGGAAGGAGACUGAGCUACAGAGGGAAAUGCACGAGAUGGCACAGAAGACAUCGGAGCUGAAAGAAGAAUUUACUGGAGAGAAAAAUAGGCUAACUGAAGAAUUAAAUACAAUGUCGGAGGAAAUAAAUAGCAGCAGGGGUCAAUUGAAGGAGCUCAUGCUAGAAAAUAGCGAGUUGAAGAAUAGUUUGGAUUGCAUACACAAGGACCAGCUGGAAAAGGAAGAGAAAGUUCGAGAAGAAAUAGCUAACUAUCAGCUACAACUUCAGGAAGCUGAAAAGAAACACCAGGCUUUGCUUCUGGAUACAAACAAACAGUACGAAAUGGAAAUCCAGACAUACCAAGAGAAACUGUCUUCUAAAGAAGAAUGUCUCAGCUCACAGAAGGCAGAGAUUGAUCUCUUAAAGUCCAGUAAAGAAGAACUCAAUAAUUCUUUGAAAGCUACCACUCAGCUUUUAGAAGAAUUGAAGAAAACCAAGGCAGACCACGUAAAAUAUACCAAUCAGUUGAAGAAGGAAAAUGAACGUGCCCAAGGGAAAAUAAAACUGUUGAUCAAAUCUUGUAAACAGCUGGGAGAGGAAAAGGAGAUGUUGCAGAAAGAGCUGUCUCACCUUGAAGCUACACAGGAGAACCAGAAAACAGGUACUGUUGUGGAUUCUAAUGCAGAGGAAUUAAUGGCUGAGAUGAAAGAACUGAAAGAAACUCUGGAGGAAAAAACCAAGGAGGCAGAUGAAUACCUGGACAAGUACUGUUCCCUGCUUAUAAGCCAUGAGAAAUUAGAGAAAGCUAAAGAAAUGUUGGAGACACAGGUUGCUCGUUUGAGUUCACGGUCUAAACCUCACCUCCAGAAUUCUCCUUUACUAAAUUCAGUGGUUCCAGAAGCAUCUCUAGCCCCUUCUGCUACUGAAAAGAAGUUAUCAUCCGGCCAAAAUACAGCUUCAGGCAAAAGACAAAGGUCCACUGGAAUUCGGGAAGAUGGGGGAGGCACAGCGUCUUCUACUCCAGAGACAUUUUCUAAAAAGAGUAGGAAAGCAGUCAAAAGUGAUAUUCACCCUGCAGAGGAGGCCAAAGACACUGAGUUUGAGCCAGAGGGACUUCCAGAAGUUGUAAAGAAAGGGUUUGCUGAUAUCCCAACAGGAAAGACAAGCCCAUAUGUCCUGCGGAGAACAACCAUGCCGACUCGGACCAGCCCCCGCCUGGCUGCACAGAAGUUAGCACAGUCCCCCCUAAAUCUCAACAAAGAAAAUCAUGCUGAGACCUCCCAACCAACAGCUGGUGGCAGCAGAUCACAGAAGGUCAAGGUUGCUCAACAAAGCCCAGCGGAUUCAAGCACCGCAUUCCGAGAACCCACCACGCGGGUCAGUAACCUUCCUGAGAGGAGUUCGGCCCACAGCCCCAGGGAGGGCCUGAGGGCCAAGCGAAGCCGGCUCGCCCCCAGCCCAGAAGCUGUCCCCGAGUCCAAGAGCAGCGAGAAUUGUAGGGUCCAAUAGAAGCGACCCUGUGUGUCAGGACCCUGGAAGGUGGCAGUAUUUAACCAGAAGACCAUGUGCCUGCAGGGGCUGUUGUUUCCUCAGGGAGCACGUUAUCAGUGGGAAGAAAACAUUUCCUUAUAAAUCUAAAUAUAUUGUACCCUUUACCUCCCCCAUGUCUAAGUAUUGGAAAAGUUUGGAAGCACUGAUCAACAACUCGUCACUUAGUGUAAAUGGCGCUGUAUAAAGCUUUUUGGUAAUGUUGCAGUUACAUGGCAGGCACUGUGUAACGACUUGUGUUUGUAUGUGGAUUUUGCCCUGAGACAACCCAAAAUACAUCCUCUGCUUCCAGUGAGCAGCUCCCAGGAAGAUAUAAACUUCUGCUUUAUGAUAUAUCCUAUGUGUAGAGCUAGGCAUGAAAUAAUUUUAGAUCAGGAAUUUCUUUGAGCUGAGAGUAAAAUGAAGGAAAAUCAUGCACACAUAUACACAUGUGGAUGUACAUACGGGGUUGAGUUCAUCCUUAUCUUCCAGUGUGUUUUCUAAAUGUUUGCCGAUUGAACCUGUGCAGAUUUGUGCGUGUGGGUGAUGGGAGUUUGUGUGUUUAUUUCCAGUGGGCCUGCUUGCAGGCACCUCGAAGAUGUAGUAUAUCAAGUUUUCUGUCAUCUUACUGUUUCUUCCUAAGACCAGUUUGUUACUGUUCUUUUAGUAUGUGUUCUCAUAAACAGUGAACUUGUGUUAAAAUAGGGCAUUUUUUUCCUAAUAAAAUAAAUCACUUUUGUGUUCUGUAAAAAUGAUUUCUAAAUAUAAAUGCAUUAUGGGCAUUGGUACGAUUUCUUGCUAACGUCAACAGGCUCUUGUAAAAGACUUUUUAACAAAUGAUACUAGUAUAUUUGUGAAUACAUUAAGUUAUAUUAGAAGACGUGAUUUGGAAUGUGGGUCAUGAAGACUACAUAGGAAUUAGGAAUAAUAUGUCCAGCCAGUGCCUGGCACAUUGUGUGUACCCAUUAAAUUGCAUCAGCAAGGAUACAAAUAUGUGGUAUUUUCCAGCUCGUUUAUUGAUGACAGGGUUUGAAAAUAUUCAGGCAUUAUGAGCCAUAUCAAAUCCCAAAACUUUGGAACAAGGCCUUUUGUCCUUGAAUCAGGGUAAAAAACUUUUCCAGGCCAUGAGCUAGUAAGAUAAUUUGCUCUUGGCUUUCAGUUCAGACUGAUGUAUAAACCUUGACAAAUACUGUCAUUUAUAUUUUAAAAUUGGCCUUUGUAAGGUGGCCUCUAUUGUUGAAUAAUGCUUCAAUAAUAUUAAGCUACUUAGUAUUCAUCUGUUGAAAGUGAUAUCCUGACUUUCCUCUUUCUUCAGUCGCUCCGGGUUGUGGUCUGGUGCAAUAUCCUUAUCAUAAAUCAUCCCAAGGCUGCCAUGUGCUCAAGGGCACGGCCCGAAGUAGACAUCGCUGGGGUCAGGCCAUCAGCUUUGUUGGCUGUCUCCAGUUAUUGGAAGAUUCCACUCAGUAGGACUCGCUGAGUAGUUCCAUGGGGUCCUUCAUCUUUUCCUAGGUGGACCGUACGUAGCUGCUGCUCCUUGUUACAGAGAAUACUUGGCAUGCCUUCCAUUUUUGUAAUUGUUCACAGUCAUUAUAAAUGGGCAGCCAGGACACUUACGUAUCCUCUUCCUCAAGCUAACAAUACCCCUUAUACCAUGAGCCAAGCUGCAUAUAGGAUGGAAAGUAAAUACUCCACAGUCCUAACUCUGAGGUACUUGAUAAGCCAGUUAAGUCACCGAUAAGAUCCCAGAUGACAAAUCAUAUGGAGAAAUAGAUCAGUCUGUAUGGUGAGGGGCUUUCCGGAGAGGAUUUUUGAAUCUUGAAUAUUCUGUAGAAACUCAGUCCUUUGGGAAUUAUCAACAGUUCCAAAGGGACCUCAUCUUUAAUUAAAAGGGAAUAAAAGCCAACAUUUAAUUGUAGUCUGAUUUCCUAAGAAUCACCCUUCCACCCCUUUAUUAACCUUUGAGAUUUAUUUGUGGUUUUUCUCAUUUGUCCUCACUCUAUUUAUUUUGUUGGAACUAUGAACUUUACCUGGAAAGAAGUCAAAACACUUCUUCCCAGGGGCCCCUAACUUUAGAUGAGGUGGGAGCCCUGUUCCACUUCCCAACUGGUUUGAGUCAAGGCAAAAACUUCUAUCUACUCUUAGGGUGACUGAGCACAUCAGUCUUAGGAUUUACAAGUUAGUUCUUCCAAAGUCAUUCGGGCUAUGACAGUAUGUUC